CUCAAAAAGUCACGUCUUGUUUUUCAAAACAUUACUUUUGCAGCAGUGCGUGGUUUUAAAUUGUAAAAGACAAUAAUUGUUUUAUUAAAUUUAUUGAAAGUGGAAUAAAAAGAACCUCCAAAAAUGGCGGAACAAGUAAAUCAACGUAUAGAGAAUAUGAUAAAUGAGUUAGAACAGAUGAGACGUACUAACUUAUUUGACGACGAAGAAAUUAGGGAAAUCUCACGUAAACGCAAGGAAUUUGAGUACAGAAUCCAACGAAGAGUCAAACAGAAAGAAGACUUCGUUCAGUACAUAGCGUAUGAAAUCGCAUUGCUUGAAGAUAUUUCCCUUCGAAGAAAGCAGGCCAAAUUGGGCGAGAAAAAGAAGGACAUUGAGUUUGCAAUAGCGAAGAGGCUGAACAAAAUAUUCAAACAAUUUAUUUACAGAUUCCAAAAUGAAGUUGAGAUAUAUUUUGAGUAUAUUAAGUUUUGCAAGAGCGUAGGUUUUGAUCAAGCUAUAUCCGGCAUUAUCGGCCAAAUGCUACAGAUUCAUGGUGACAAGCCUAAAAUGUGGCAAUUAGCUUGUAAAUGGGAGAAACAAGAACAAAACAAUUUGGAGACGGCUAGAAAUUUUCUGCUAAAAGGAAUUCAUAGGCAUCCGGAAUCUGACAUCCUUUACUUAGAACUCUUCCAGAUAGAGUUAACAUUGUGUUUUAGAGCUAAAUCUGAAGAACAGGAUGUGAAAACACAGCUCAAAAGGGCAGAUGUGAUAUGGCGGAACGGCAUUAAACAUGUGCAAGACAUACAUUUCUUAUUCAAAUUGUAUGAUAUUUGCUUGAAAUUUGAAGCAGAUGACUCAAUCAAAAAUGCUAUCAAAGAAGAAAUUUGGUCAAAUCGUGACAAUAAGGAUGUUUGGUCUUACAUUGCUUCUAAAGAGUUGGAAGGAGUACACUGGGAAGAAAUUGAAGACUAUUGUGAUGAAGAAAGCAACUACUCUGAGGAAUUAAAACAUUUUAUUGGAACUUACAAAGAAGCUUUGACUCAGUUCUCAGAUGAAUCUUUAUGCACCAAAUUCCUUCAUGGCCUUCUUGGUGCAAGUGAGUCUGUCUGCUCAGAUUCCCAAAAAAUCUGGGCUGUGAAGGAUGCAUGGUUAUUUGGAUUGGAAAAUGAUGUACUGAAUAGUGAAAUGUUUGAAUUUGGCUUUGAAGUGUUGAAAUUAGAAAAUACUAAAUCAGAAAAGGAACUGCUUGAGAUCCUAAAGUCAACAUCAUUAAAACUCAAGCAAUCUGUGUAUGUAUGGGAACAAAUAUUGGCAUUAUGUAAAGGUGAUGAAAAACUAUUGCUGCAAACUCUUCAGGAAGCUACUAAGAUGUUAAAACCUGAUGAUUCUGUUCAGCUUUGGAAUCUGAUGCUGGAAAAUGUUGACUCCAAGGAACUUUUGAAGAAGUUGUACACCAAGUUCCAAAAUUGUGAAAGCUCUGUAAUGUUGUCCCUCAAACCCAAACUACUGAAAAAAAUGUAUGAACUCAAUGGUCUAAAAGCAGCUCGGGAUAUGUAUGAAGAGCUGAUCAAAGCUCCACCAACUCAGGUUGAAGUCCACAAAACUAUGAUUGAAAUAGAAAAAUCUCAAGAGAAACCAAAUACUAAAAAUAUCAGGAAGUAUUAUGAGUGCUUAGUUCAACAACAUGGAAGCGACAAUGUUGAAGCAUGGAUGGAUUACAUGAAGUUUGAAACUGAACUUGGAAACACUCAAGCUGCAAAUAUUUAUAGGAGAGCUGUUGCAGCCUUGAAAAAAGAAUUAGUUGAGGUCUUUAUCAAUGCUCAGACAAUGGCUAAAUUAAAAUAGUAUUGUUUU